UUCUGGGAGGUGAUCAGUGACGAGCACGGCAUCGACCCCACGGGCACCUACCAUGGGGACAGCGACCUGCAGCUGGACCGCAUCAGCGUCUACUACAACGAGGCCACAGGGGGUAAAUACGUGCCCAGGGCCAUCCUGGUGGAUCUGGAGCCCGGCACGAUGGACUCGGUGCGCUCCGGCCCCUUCGGGCAGAUCUUCCGGCCUGACAACUUCGUGUUCGGCCAAAGCGGUGCUGGCAACAACUGGGCCAAGGGCCACUACACGGAGGGCGCCGAGCUGGUGGACUCGGUGCUGGACGUGGUGCGCAAGGAGUGUGAGAACUGCGACUGCCUGCAGGGCUUCCAGCUGGUGGAGUGGAUCCCCAACAACGUGAAGACGGCCGUGUGCGACAUCCCGCCGCGCGGCCUCAAGAUGGCCGUCACCUUCAUCGGCAACAGCACGGCCAUCCAGGAGCUCUUCAAGCGCAUCUCGGAGCAGUUCACGGCCAUGUUCCGCCGCAAGGCCUUCCUGCACUGGUACACGGGCGAGGGCAUGGACGAGAUGGAGUUCACCGAGGCCGAGAGCAACAUGAACGACCUCGUGUCCGAGUACCAGCAGUACCAGGACGCCACGGCCGAGGAGGAGGAGGAUUUCGGCGAGGAGGCCGAAGAGGAGGCCUGAGGGGUUUCCCCAGAGGUCCCAGUCCUUGGCAGUGUUGCUCCUCCCUUUCCCGGUGUGUUGUCCCAGAGAGGCGUCAACCGGCGGGCGGCGCCUUCGGUGUCAUCGUCAUUGUCCUUCAUCAUCGUCAGUGUUGGCCUUGGCCAUCGGCGGCGGCAGCAGCGGAGUCCCCACCCGACCUUCAGCGUUGUCCUCAUGGUCUUCAACCUUCAUCAUCGUCAUCCUGGAAGAGUCCCCAGCCUUCAGCGUUGUCCUCACAGUCCCCAGGCUGCACCAUCCUUGAAGAGUCCCCAAUCUUCAUCACUGUCAGCCAUGAAGAGUCCCCAACUUCCAUCAUCAUCAUCAUCAAUGAGUUCUUGGUCUUUGCCAUCCUUGAAGAGUCUCCAAUCUUGAUCAUGGUCAGAGCUCCCAACUUCUGAAAUCUCCAUCCUUGAAGAGUUCCCAGUUUUCAUCAGCAUUGAAAAGUUCCCAACCUUCAUCAUCAUCAUCUUUGAAGAGUCCCCAGCCUUCAUCAUGGUCAUUCUUGAAGAGCCUCCAGUCUUCAUCAUCAUCGAAGAGCCUCCAAUCCUGAUCAUGGUCAGAGCUUCCAAAUUCCCUCAUUAAAGGAUUCCCAAGGUUCAUCAUUGUCAAGGAGCCUCCAACCUUCAUCAUCCUCGAAGAGUCCCCAGAGUUCACAGUCAUCCUCCUCACAGAGCCUCCAGGAGCUCGUGGUCCUUGCAGAGUCUUCGAUCUUCAUCAUCCUCAGCCCUUGGCCUUCAUUAGGGCUGCUCAGUUGGCCUUGACCUUCAUCAUCCUCAUCAUGGAAGAGCCUCCAA